ACUUUGCUUUCCAAUUUCUAGUUCUCAAAAGUCUAUGGCCCCGUGUUCACUCUGUACUUUGGCAUGACGCCCACCGUCGUAUUGCAUGGGUAUGAAGCAGUGAAGGAAGCCUUGAUUGAUCAUGGGGAGGAGUUUUCUGGAAGAGGAAGCUUCCCAGUGUUUGAUAAAAUUAGUAAAGGCCUUGGAAUCAUUUUAAGCCGUGGAAACAGAUGGAAAGAAAUGAGGCGCUUCUCUCUGACAACCCUGUGGAAUUUAGGAAUGGGCAAAAGGACCAUUGAGGACCGAGUUCAAGAAGAGGCUCAGUGCCUUGUGGAGGAACUGAGAAGAACCAAUGGUGAGGAAAGCUUUGUGCUUUAAUUUUUCCAUCGUGUU